GAGAGACAGAAUCAGGAGAAAAAACGGAAAAGAGAAGACGAGCAAACACCAAAAGGAUUAAGAAACCAGGGGGCCACAUGCUAUUUGAACUCGGUGCUGCAGAUACUUUUCAUGACAGAAGAUUUCAGAAAUAAUGUGGAAAGCGUCAAGACAAAUGAUUUUCACAUGGCACAAUUGUUUAAGGAUUUAAAGUCUAGAGAGAAAAGCGCUGCCACCACUGAGAGAAUCACAGAUGCACUGAACGUUAACGUUUAUGAGCAGCAGGAUGCAGCAGAAUUCUUUCAGAAGAUAAUGAACAUGGUGAAUCAAGAGAUGUCUAAGGUAUUCAAGGGAGAGUUUGAGCACAACACCAUGUUUAAAAGCCCAGGAAAGGAGCACAUACCUGUGACAUGUCAUGAAUCCUUUUACAUUAUCCCCAUCUGUAUGGAAACGUAUGGCAUGGAUUCUGCUAAAAUAAACAUGCAAAGCUGUUUCGACUCAUAUUUCAAACCAAUCAAGACAUGUGAGGACGGCCAAGUGAAAUGUCCAACUUGCAAAGAGCUGGUGGUGGACACAGAAAUCAAGUGUAGUAUACGUAAACUUCCUCCAGUUCUGGUUGUGCAGCUGGAGAGAUUUCAGCUGGAUUAUUACACCAUGAAAUACAAGAAGAACAAGUCUACAGUGGAAAUUCAGUUCCAGUUAUCAGUGAAAGAUUACAGUGAAGCUCAACACAAGUAUGAUUUGUAUGCUGUAGUGAAACAUUCGGGAUCCUUCCUUGGUGGACAUUAUUAUGCUGUCAUCAAGUCAUUUGAGGAUCAUCAGUGGUAUGAGUUUAAUGACAGCUUUGUACGCAAGAUCGAUGAUUUAAAAAACCCCUUCGAAUGUAAUGAGGCCUACUUUCUUCUGUACAAAAAGAGUUCAGACGAGUCAGAAAAUGCUUCUCAUGAUCCAGGGAACCAGUCAGAAGAUUAGAAUAAUGAGACUGAUGCAACAGCAAACACCCAACAAAAACCAUCAGGUGAACCUGUAACACAAUCUCUGUCAGAUCCGGAAAUAUAGCAAAAAAAACUUACAUGUGCAAAACAGUCAAGCAAUGCAACAAAAGAAAAAGCAUCUGGAUCUGCCCCUGAACAUGAGUCUUCAGUUUUCCAGCAUCUUCUGUAUAUUUGAGCCAUUUCCAGCAGUGACUGUGUGAUUUUGAGAUCCAUCUUUCACAAUGAGGACAUUUGAGGGACUCAAACUCUAUUAUUGCAAACUAGUCACUGACGCUCUAGAAAACAUGAUGCAUGAAGAACAUGGGGUGUUAACUUUUCAACAGGAUGAUCGGGGUAAAUUGUACCUAUUUUGUCUUCUAGGAAACAUGUAAAAAGCUUCUGAAGGGCAGUACUAAAUAAUAAAAAUAAGAUUUUUAAACAAUUUUAGAAAAAUUUCCAAGAACAUACUGUACUGUAUCUGUAUACUAAUAGUAUACUAUACAACAGUUCUCAUUCUGUACUCUAUGUUUAAAGUUUAAUUCAUAAAUAUGGUUAAAAUAUGUGGAUUCCUCCCAAAGGUUUCUUGAAAUUUUACGUUGCUUCAUCAAUGAUUUCCAUUGUAGUGAAAAAGCCUAAUAAAAAAAAU